CUAGCCACGUCGCACGCAAAACCCCUCCAUGGCGUGGCGCCCCGCUAUAUAUACUUGUACCCUCGUCGACACGCUUCCGAACCCCGACGAGCACCACCACCACCUCAACCUCACCACCCCAACCCUAUCCAUGGCGAACACCGCGCGCUCCGCCCCCUCCCUUUCUCCGUUGACGUCGCCGGAGCCCUCCGCCCACACGGCGGCGGCGGCGGCGGUUUCCGUGGAGCGUCUCGUGCUCGACAUCUGCCACCGCGAGCGCAGGGCCAUGGCCAUGCAAAUCCUCGCCAAGGUAAUGAAAAGACAUGAAGAUGUAGCUCUAGCAAUCUGGCACUCUCGUUCCACCAUGGCAGCGCUCAUCCAAGAAAUUGUUUCAAUAUAUCGUUAUCUCUCACCUCCAAGAUUGUCCAUGGCCGAUUCAACUCGAGUUUGCUAUGCACUUGCCCUUCUCAAGUGUGUAGCCUCCCACCGUGAGACAAGAACUCCUUUUCUGCAAGCUGGUAUACCUCUUUAUUUGUACCCGUUUUUAAAUACGAGUAGUGUAGAAAAGCCAAUCGAGUAUGUAAGAUUAACCAGCUUGGGUGUUAUAGGCGCCCUUGUAAAGUAUGAUGAUGCUGUCGCCAUAAAUUUCCUUAUACAAACUGAACUGCUUCCUCUGUGUCUACGUGCAAUGGAGAUGGGUACUCUACUUUCAAAAACAGUAGCAACUUUGAUUGUUCAAAAAGUGCUUAUGGAUGAAGUUGGUCUUCAACAUGUUUGUUCCACAGCCGAGCGCUUUUAUUCUGUAUGUGACGUACUUGCUUUCAUGGUCACAUCUCGUGUAGAACCACCCUCUGUGAGACUGCUGAAGUACAUAAUCAUAUGCUACCGAAGGCUUUCGGAGAAUUUGAGGGCAUCGUUUUGUCUGAAUGAUCGUCUUCCGAAGGAGUUAAGGGAUGCGGAUUUUAUCGAGUGCCUUCGUGACGACCCCGAAGCUAUGAGCUGCCUUCGGCAACUUCUACAGAACAUAGGCAUAGCUGCCGCGACCUUCCAAGCUCACCAGCAGGGAGGAGUCAAUUACAUAAUAAGAAGCUGGCGAUAAUUUAUCUUUUUUUCUUUUAAGUGAAUGUGGGGUUUUCACCCCAAAAUUUUUUCGUAAAUUACUGGUUUGCAAAAUUAUCAGUGUUAACAGUUCAGGGAGUUUGUCUAUCCUGCUGCGGCUUAUGAUCAGCAGUUGUUGCAGUCGGUUUCAGCUAUGUUUCCGUUUCCGAGUGGCCUGCAAUAUGUACAUCAUUUGAAUGUUAGGGAUUUGAGCUCUAUCUAUAU